AUGAGCGAAUUGCUUAUUAGAUAUAAAAGUGGAAUAAAGUUAUAUAAGUUUGAAAAAAAUGAAAAUAAAUAUGACAGUGAAAUAAUAUUUGAAUAUGAUGGAUAUAUACAUGAUGUUAUUUGGUCAGAGGAUGGCAAAACUUUCUUAAUUUUUCAUUCCACAGAUGGUGUAUUAUUAGUAUUAAAUUGCUCUACUAAUAUUCAAAUAAAUCAAAUAAAAUGCCAAAAUAAAUACAAAAAUUUGUUUACAAAAGAUAAUUUAACAUUAAUUAAACAUGUACAAUGGUCGCCAAAUAAUAAAUAUAUAGUAAUGUUUUACCCUUAUGACGAAAAUAAACACAAAGAAAUUGGUAAUCUGUUAUUGUGGAAUAUAGAAAAAAAUAAAGUUAUAUCAUCUUUUAAAAUAAAAAAAAAUAUAUGUACUAAUUGGCCAAUAAUCCAUUUUUCUAGUGAUGAUAGAUAUUUUUUUUUACAAAAAAAAUCAGACAUAUAUAUAUAUGACACAUUAAUAUUAGAGCGUGAUGAAAAUACAAAUUCAAAUGAUGUUUCAAAUAAAGAUAUUCCAAAUAAUUAUAUUUAUUCAUGGAAUCAUCUUAAUGUUAUUGCUAUUUAUUUUUCGAAAUAUAUUGAUGGUCAUGAUUCUAGAUAUUUUAUAUUACAUACUAAACAUAAUUUUUUAGGUGACAUAUAUGUAUAUAAAAUAGAAGGGUUAAAUAAUGAUCAAACAUCUUCUUUAUCAAUUUUAAAUCGAAAUACCGAUGAAAAUAAUAACAAAAUUAAUAUAAUUUUAUUAACAAAACGAAGCUUUCAACAUCUAGAUAAUUUAUUGUGCUUAUAUUCCAUUUCUGGAAAAUAUAUCAUAUUUCUUGUAUCAACAAAUGAUACAACAAAUAGAUCUUAUGGAUAUGUGAGUAAUUGUUAUUAUUGUUCAUUAGUAUCAACACCUGUAAAUAUAAAAAAAAUCAAUACCCAAGUUGCCCAAGAUGCAAAAUGGAGUAAUCUAUAUGAUGAAUUUUUAAUUAUUGAAGGAAAAUCAGAUAAUAUAGUUUAUUUAUAUGAUUCUAAUUUAAAUGUUAAAUCAAAAAUAUCUGCUCAAUAUAAAAAUACAAUAAAAUGGUGUUUAUUUGGGAAUAUGAUAGCAUUAGGGGGAUUUGGAAACCUUGCCGGGGAUAUAGAUUUUUAUUAUAAAGAAAAAAAUUAUAAUGUUACAUUAAUUAAACAAUAUAGAGAACCAUGUACUGUCUUAUGUGAUUGGUCUGCAGAUGGAACAUUAUUUAUGACUGCAUCUACUUUUCCUAGAAUGAAAGUUGAAAAUACUUUUAAAAUAUAUACAUAUGAAGGUGAUUUAGUUAAUAAUUAUAGUUUUAAUGAAUUAUAUGAUGUUAAAUGGAAAAAUUGCACCCCAGGUAUUUUAAAUGAGCCGCCUAAGCCCAAUCCCAAACUUAUAGAUAAUAAAAAAAAUGUUUAUAAAAUUAAAUAUAUAAAUCAUGAUAAUUUAUCUACAACUACUAAUACUAUAUCAUCUAUACGAAAUACAUCUAUUGCUUUUCCCGCUACUAGAACAAAUCGAAACAUUUCAAACAAUAAUAAUAGUAACACUAUUAUGGAUAUUCCGGAUUAUCAUCAAAUUUCUAAUGACACACAUAUUCCCAAAUCCGCUGAUUUAACAAAUGGAAAUAAUAUUUCUCCAAAUUUUGAUACUAAUAAUACCGAAUCAAUUGAUAAAGAAAAAGUUGCAUUAUCUGCAUCUAACCAAAACAAUACAAAUAAAUUCGCACAUCUACCAAGGAAUCAAAUACAGAACCCACAAAAUAAUACAUCUAAUAAUAAUACAAAUAAUAUUAUUAAACAACCAAAAAAAAAAGAAAAAGGAACCGGAGGAAAUCUUUAUGAUUGGGACAUUGAUUGGAGAAAAAAAAAUUCGGAUUUAAAUUUACAUUCAAAAAAUAAACCUUCUAUUUCAACACCCACUGGGCCCACAAACACAAAUCAAAAUAUUCCCGAUUCUAAUUCUAUUCAAAAUGGAAUUAAUAAUAUAAAUAAUUAUAAAAAACCUUCUGAAUUUGUAAUUCAAAACGAUAUAUAUAAUAACUCUGAUCAAAUAGAAAAGUCAGAAUUAUUAUCUUCUUUACAAAAACAAUAUUAUAAUUUACUUAAUUCUGUUAAAAAUCAUAACAAUAUUGAUAAAAAUAUAAUUGACAAUGUUAUGGAAAAAGAAGUUAGAAACAAUUACGAAAAUAAAGAAAUAACAACUACUGCAUUAAUAACCAAUAUAUCGGAAACAGAUCGACCAGAACGAAACAGUUAUUUAAAAUCAGAAGAUUCAAAAAAAAUAAAAAAUGAAAACAACAUAGAUGAUAAAAAAAAGAAAAAGAAAAAAGAUAAAGACAAUUCUAAUGUUUCUAUCCUUAAUAAUCAUGGAGAUUCUAUUCAAACACCAGAAAAUGAUUCAGUUACAUCUAUCAAAGGUCUUAGUACCGUUAUAGAUACCCAAGGGUGCAAUAACAAACUUCUUAUGCAUUUAAAAAAUGAUGGAAAUAAAAAAAAAAAAGGAAAUGAAAAAAUUGGUGAAACAGAAAAUAUUCCUGAAAGUACCGAAAAGGAUCAAAAAAAAAAAAAAGAAAAAAAUAAAAAUAAAAAAUCAAAAAAAAAAAAAAACGAAGUAUUAGGUGAAGCAAAUGAUAAUUCUCCAAACAAUGACACAGAUCAAUUAGGAAAACGCCUUAUUAAUUCUGAGGAUUUGAAUUUUCAAAAUCAAAAUAGCCAAACUACCAAUGAUAAUAAUAUGUAUUCAACCAUUUUCCAAGAAAUAAUAAAAAACAACACAACAGAAAGUAAUAAUAUAAAUGAAAUCCAAAUUAUAAACGAAAGUUCACAUAAUAAAAAUAUACAUCAUGAAUUAAAUCGAUUUGGAAAAUUAAAACCAACUGUUAUGAAUGAUAUAUAUAAUAAUGGAACAAUAAAUCGAAAAAAUAUAAUUAAUGAUUACCAAAUGAAUUUAAACAAUUCUAAUUUACCUCAGGAUAAAAAUAACAAAGAAAGCAAUUUUAAUGAAUAUUCAAAUAAAGAAAAAUUUAUAAAACAUAUUUUAUUUUUAAAAAAACACAGAGAAAAUAAUAUUACUGAAGAUAAAAAUUUAAUAAAUUUUCAACAAAAUGAUAUUCCUUAUAAUGAUAAAAUGGAUAUACAUAAUUACAUAGAUCAUAAUGAAUAUCUUAAAAUAAAUAAAAAUAUUCAAGAUUCUAAAACAAUAGAACAAGAAAUACAAACAAAUUAUUUAACUAAUAUUCAUAACAAUUCGAAAUUUUUACAAAAUAUAAAUGAAUUAAAAUCAGGGCGUCCAAAUUCUUUUUUUUAUAAUUUCAAUAAUAAACAAAAAUUAUCAGAAAAUGAUUAUCAAAUAUUUCAAUCGCAGACAGCAUAUAAUGAUCCUCCUAAUUUUGAUUCAAAUCAACCCAAACAGACUAAUUCUAAUUCUCAAAAUAUCGAAAACAUAUGGAUUAAUGAAAUAAAUAAUCAAACAUUUAAUAAUAAAAAUAUACAAAAUAAUGAUGAUCUUUUAAAAUUGUUUAAAACUGUUCUUCCCUAUGCAAAAGUUAAUAUUUUAGGAAAAAAAAAAGAUGAACACGAUUUUGAUAUUACUCGACAAAACAGAGAUAAAAUGAAUAUGCAAUAUUAUCAUGAAAAAAAUAAUAUAUAUGACACAUCACCAGAUAGUAAUAAAAGGGAAGAUUUUGAAUAUGAUAUUCAAUCAGAAGUAAAAAAUAAUUAUAUAAAACAAAAUUAUACUAAUAUUCAUCAAAUGUCUAAAAAUCCUUUGAAAGAAAAUAUUAUUAACAGAAAUAAAAAUGAAAAUUCUAAUAUUCCACAUUUUAAUAUUUCUGGAAAUAUGAAAUUACAAAUAAAUAAUUUAGAUUUUUGUGAACUUUUAAAAUUAUAUCACUCAUUAAAUGUUCAACAAAUUCAAUUAAAAUUAUAUUGGAUAUUUUUCAAAAUAAAAAAUUAUGAUAAUAAUACUCCAGAAACUUUAGGAAAAGAAAAUAUUAUAUUAUUAAAGCUUAAAGAAACAAAGGAUAUUUCAACUUAUGCUAAUUAUAUAAUUAAAAUAAAUUAUGAAAAAAAUGCAAAAAAGUAUCAAUCCUUGUUACAUCAAUUUAUAAUUAUAUUGAAACAUCAUGAUAAUUUAUAUCAACAAAAAAAAGAUAAAAUUAAAUUAGAACAUUAUGAUAAUAAUUUUAUUAUUAAUUUUAUUAACAACAUUGAUCAAAUUGUAGAAAAAACAUCACCUUUAUCUUCAUCUCAAUUUCCUCAAGAUUUUAAUAACACAUAUAAUUAUCAAAAUCAAUUUUCGCAUCAAAAAAAUAAAUUAAAUUUACAAAUUUACGCACCUGGUUCAGUUUCUAAUUCAAUGCAUUUCAAUAAGUUAUCUUCACCAACUCCCUAUGAAAACAAUUCUCAUAAAAAUCAGACAUUAACAUCUCAUAAUAUGAAUAAUUACAAUUCUGGAAUAAAAUCUGGAAAUAAUAAUUUGAAUGAAUCUGAACAAACUAUAGAUAAUAACAAAAAUAUGUUAAUUCAAAAAAUGAUUGAAUAUUUUAAACAAAUAAAUGCCACAACUGAGCAAAAAAUAAAUCUUUUAAACAGAAUCAAUUUAACAGAUGCACAAAAAAAAUAUAUUAUAAAUAAAAUUCAUUUUAAUAAUAAUGAGCAAAAUAAUAAUUACAAUAACAAUUUUAAUAUCAACUCAGAAAACGAUAAUCAUAAAUUAUUUAACAUGCCUAUCAACCCAAAUAAUAAAAAUACAAUAAGAAUAACACCUAACCAUUUUAACAUCUCAGAACAAGGUAUGCACACUAAUGAUUUACCUGUUUCUACUAAUGAUUCUAUGAUGUAUUCACAAUUUGAUGAUAAUAGUAAUAAUAAUGAUGGAAACAUAAAUGUAACCUCUCCUAUUUUGAACAUUAUUCAUAAAUAUAUUGCUAAUAAAAAUAAUCAAAAAGAGUUUAAAAACAAUCAGAGCGAGUUUAAAAAUAAUGCAGAUGCAGAAAAUAAUCAAAAUUUAUUACAAAAAUAUCAAAUUCUUAAUAUGCUAAAACAAAAAAAAAAAAUGGAAAUGGAAAUGGAAAAUGUAAAUGCAUAUAAAGAUAUCAAUAAUUCCACAUCAUUAAAAAUAGAUGAACUAAAUAAUUAUAAAUAUGAAGAUAUUUCACAUUCAUUCAAACAGCCAAUAUCUCAGAAUCAUUUGCAUCGCCAAGAUGUUAACACUUUUCCUGAUCAAAUAAAUUUCAGAACUUCAAACAAUACUUCAUCAGAGCGCAUUGAUUAUCCAAUUCAAGAAAAUUCUGAUCCUAAAACAACAAAUUUUUUGCAAUAUAAUUCUAAAGCUCAUACUAAUAAUACAAUUAUGAAAAAUAAAUUAAAUACCUUAGAUAACCAAAAACAAGAUAAUACACACAACUCAGUGAAUAGAAUUUAUUUCAAUUUUCCUCAUCAAAAAGAUCAUAAUAAUAUUACUGGUUUAACAUCUCCAUAUGAUUCUACUUCCAAAAUAUCGAUGAAUAAUAGAAACAAUAAAAAUGAAUAUGGUAAAACUGAAGGGGAUCAAACGGUUAGAAUCACAAAUGAUAUGACUAAUACUGAACUUGAUUCAAAUGAACAUUAUAUAAAAAUAAAUAAAAAUUGUGAAGAAGUAACAAAUAACAGAGAUAAUAAUAAAGAAGAAAGAAAUCCAGAUAAUAAUAAUUCAAAAAAUAGAAAUGUUAGUAAAAAUGGAAAUAAAAUUGAUCGUAAUCCUGAAAGAAAGGAACAUGAACAGAUUACAACUAAUGAUGGAAAAAAUGAAAAAAAUAAAAAAAAACAAAAAAAUCAAAAAAACACCACAAAUCAAAACUCAUUAAAUGUAAAAAAUGUGACUGGAUCGAGAAAUGGAACAGAAACUCAAGUUCCUAAAACAUUAUCUGAAAUAAAUUUACCAGAAUCGAAUUUGAAUGAAGAAAAUAAAACCGAUAAUAAAACAAUAAAUCUUUUACAAGAACAAACAAAUACAACUAAUCAAAAUAAUAUUUAUGAUAUUGAAGAUACUAAACGUCCAGAUGCAUUAAGAGAUAAAUGCUGGCAAUAUAUUGAUCCAAAAGGUGUUGUUCAGGGACCCUUUUUUCUGGAAGAAAUGAGAAUGUGGAGCGAAUUAGGGUAUUUCGAACCCAUGCUUCCAGUUAGAUGUUGCGAUUCUGAUCGUUUUAUUGCUUUAAACAAACUGUUUCCCCCUCCACAUAAGCCAUUUACUAUUGUUCCAAAACCACAACCAAUAUUACAAUGGGAAGAAGAACUACUAUGA